UUCAAUUCUCUCUCGCACUCAUCAUCUUCCUUCGAAUUUCUCUCUCUCUGUUCUUCGAUCUCCAUAUCUCUCUCUUUUCUCUUUGAAUUUCACAAUUUUCGAUUUCGUAUUUCUUUCAUUUAUUCUACGUUCUCUCUCUGUUUUCUUUCCCUUAACUCUUGUAUGAAUCUUGCGUUGGCAGGAACUAUGGAAUCAUCAAGAAAGCCCCCAAAUACCAGUACCAAAUUCAAGAACCGCUCUUGCCAAGACACCCCCGUUGAGAAAAUUUGGAUAGGUUCAUCCCCAAUCGGGAGGCUAUAGACAUUGGCUAUGCAAAUGCUGUGCUCACGGAAAGGAGAACAGGAAAAGAGAACCUUUCGCUGAGACCUACGCUUCGAGUUUGGCAUACGAGAAGCUAUUGGCAGAGACACUCGACAUGAACCGGAGGAUUCUUACAUUCAAGAGCAAGCUUCAUGCCCCAAUUGAACCGAUUCCGAGGGUGUGGCUUUCACCCCCAGAUCAUAAAGCCAAAUCCAGGACCAGGAGACACAUUUCUCAGACUGCAGAGAAGAAAUUGGAUGCGCCCGAUCUCUCUGAUGAUUUUUACUUGAGUUUACUGGACUGGGGCAGCAACAACAUCCUUGCAAUAGCUCUUGGAAGCACGGUGUACCUAUGGGAUGCUUCAAACGGUUCCACUUCAGUGCUCGUAACAGUUUCUGAUGAUGACGAUCCGGUCACAAGCAUUAGCUGGGCUGCUGAUGGGAGGCACAUUGCUCUUGGUUUAAACAGUUCUUGCGUCGAAUUGUGGGAUACUAUCUCUCUUAAAUUGUUACGAAAAUUGAAGGGUCACCAUGAAUGUGUAGGAUCAUUGGCAUGGAACAAAGAGAUUCUCACAACAGGUUCAAGGGAUGGAAAUAUAAUCAACAACGACGUGAGAGUCAGGAGGUUUGUGGCCUGAAAUGGUCUGCCUCCGGCCAACAGCUAGCAAGUGGAGGUAAUGAUAGUCUUGUUUGUGGCCUGAAAUGAUCUGCCUCCGGCCAACAGCUAGCAAGUGGAGGUAAUUAUAGUCUUGUUUUCAUAUGGGAUAGGUCAUUUGCCUCUGCAAAUUCACACUGGCUUCAAAGGUUACAAGAUCAAACUUCAGCAGUCAAAGCGCUUGCUUGGGAAAAACAUUCCAAGCAAAUUUACUGGCCUCUGGUGGUGGCGGUGGAGGGGAUGAUACAAUUAAGUUCUGGAAUGCACACACAGGGUCCUGCUUAAAUUCAGUCAACACAGGCUCUCAAGUGUGUGAUCUACUGUGGAACAGCCAUGAACGCGAGUUACUAAGCUCCCAUGGGUUUCCAGAAAACCAGCUUAUCCUCUGGAAGUACCCUUCCAUGGUGAGGCUGGCAGAGCUUAGUGGUCACACUUUUAGAGUGCUCUAUAUGACGCAAAGCCCAGAUAGGUUCACUGUUGCAUCUGCAGGGGACGAGACCCUGAGAUUUUGAAAUGUGUUUGGGAUCCCAAAAGUUUCUAAGUCUGCUCCAAAACAAAAUCUCAUGCCUUUUUCUCCCAGGUACCACUUCAUUCGUUGAGGUAAUGGGAAAGGAUUAUAUCACUAGUUUGGAGACUAGGGAAGUUCUGUAUCAUAUGUCUGUAAAUGCUCGAGAGAAUCGCAUCUGUUUUGUUGAACUAGGGUUAGUGUCAUCUUGAGAGAAGUAACAGGAUAUAGGAUUCUUCCUUUUUGUAUAUUUUUCUGAGGGCAAAGGUUUUAGAAUAUGGCUGAUAUUUUUUUGAAAAUGGGAUACAGUUGAGAUAUAGUGCAGUUGAUAAAUGUUGCAUCUGUUUAUAGUCCUCUCGUUGCUACCAAAUACCAACUGCAGACAAUUUUUCUGAAGUUUCUGGGAUACUGUGUACAAGUUAGACAUGAUAUGAAUCUCAGCAACUUAGAUUGCUGAUAUUUUGUGCAUUUUCUUA